AUGGAAAACAAAAUUGCUAUAGGAAUAAUAUGUACAGUAAUUGUAGUGAAUUGGGUGUUCGUUGAAAAUGCUUGCCCGUCACAAUGUCAGUGUUCCAAUAUUUCUGCUAUCUGCCGUCCAGUAAUAAGCAGAUUCCCGUCUGCUUUACCAGCAGAAAUUAACAAUUUACACCUAAGCGGUACUUUUACCUCUAAAAACAAUUUACCAUCUAUUGAACGUGCUUCGUUUUCGUCUUUACCGAAUUUGAAAAGGCUUUAUAUUGCUUUUAGCAAUGUGGAAUCCAUUGCAGAUGGCUCUUUACCGUCAUCAUUGAUUACACUGGACCUCUCCUCCAAUAAACUUGGUGAAAUUUCGGAAAACACAUUCAAAGGAUUGAGAUUGCUUAAAACUUUGCAUUUGUCUGGAAAUAACGGAACUGAAAUAGCUCUCUCGGCUUUCAAGGAUUUGACCCAUCUGACAGAACUAUACCUCGCAGAAAUGGGUUUGACAAAGCUGGAUAAACGCCUGCUUAAUCCUUUAGGUAUGUUGAAGACUUUAGAUCUUCACGGAAACAAUAUCAAACGACUAGAUUGGAGUUUUACCACGACCAGUAAUAACCUAGCGUACAUCGAUAUAUCUGGGAACUUGUUCACCGAACUGUCAAAUUCAAGUGUGUUAACAUUGCCUAAAAUUAAGACUCUGCGUUUAGACGGUAAUGAAUGGCAUUGCAGUUGUGCUUUAGAAUGGGUAAAAGUACUUCCAAGUCCGAUGCCAGAAUCUGUAGUAUGUACCUCACCAAAGUCUUUGCAGUAUUAUUCAAUUGUGAAUGCUCCAUCUUCACAGUUAAUAUGUGUACCUGCAUCUGUUAGCUGUACAUCAUCUUCGUUUACCGGUAAAUAUCACACUCAGCUGGAGAUUUCAUGCACAUUUGGAGGGGAUCCUUUUCCAGAUAUCAUCUUUACAAGACCGGAUGGAACAGCACUGAAAUAUUAUAACUACAAUGAAACAAAUUACGUCGUGUCUGAAACCGGUGUCCUUACAAUAAAGUCUCUGGAUGUUGUUGACGAUGGAAAAUGGACGCUUAAGGCCAAUAACGUAAGAAAAGAGAACGAUGUGAGUCUGACUGUGACUGUGACCGACAUCCCGACAACCACUACAACCACCACCACAACUACCACUACCACCACUCCUACCACCACCACCACCACUCCUACAACGACCACCAGCACCACCACCACAACCACCACCCCUAAACCAACCACAACCACCACUCCUACCACAACCACCACAACCGCUGUCAAAACUACAAUGAAACCAACAACCAACACCACUCCUGCUCAGAAACUGACCACCAAAAAGUCGACUCCAAAACCACCAGUACAGGACAAAACGACACCCAAACCUGCGGAGGAUAUGUUCUCAAUGAAUACGGUGUACAUGAUGAUUGCCGCGGCGGGGGGAAGCGCCUUCAUUACCUCAAUGAUCUGUCUUGUGAUACAUUGCUGCACAAGAAAGAAAAAACCGCCCAUGCCAGAAAAGAAACCGAAACAAGACCUAUUCGACACCGUCCGGAAUUUAACUCCAAGACGCACUCGAAGGGUUCACAAUAUUGGUAAUUAUGAAGAAUACGACUGA